UCCACUUGUCUACAAGCCACCCACGUGGCCUUUGUUAUAAACUAAAACCUGCUGCUCUCUCAUUUGCUCCCUGAUGCUAUAUAACAGUGUCUCUCUAUCCAGGUUUAUAGCUGCACCUGUGGAAGAAAUUGAAGUAAGAUGAAGUGGAUGCUGUUAGUUUCUCUGUUGCUGUUCUCCUGGAGGAGUUGCUUGGCUGAUGGUCAGGACUCCAUGCCUCUAGAGGACGACCUGCUCUUGCAAGGAGAGAAGCCUGCAGACAAUACCACUCACUACGAAGAGGAGGACUGGGGGGAGGGUUUAAAGGUGCUAGUGACCUAUCGACCAGACAACUGCCAGCACAAAGCCAAGACUGGUGACAUCAUCCACUAUCACUACGUGGGCAGGCUCGGAAGCAAUGGACAAGAGUUUGGAAAGAGCUUUGACUACGACUCCCCGUACAUUGUAUCCCUGGGCCAUGGUCGUAUCAUUGCUGGCAUGGAUCGUGGACUCAUGGACACUUGUCUGUGGGAGAGACGAAGGAUCACGAUCCCACCACACCUGGGCUAUGGGGAGAGGGGGGUGGGGGAAACCAUACCAGGCAAUGCCGUCCUUGUAUUCUACAUAAGGAUGAUCAAGAUUGAGAGAGAUGGCCAUGCUCUUGGUGAGGAUGAGAGACUUGAGGACAUUUGGCAGAGCGCCCUAUACCGGUACACUGAUGAGGAGUGGAACCAGACCAUCGAUUUAACGGAGGAGGCCUUGAGAUUGUUCAACGUUUAUGAGAACCAGACUCUACUCUGUCUCAAAGAGUGCCAAACUGCAGAUAACCUGAGUGCCUCCCAGCAGAAGAUAGCAAAGGACUAUGCCGGAGAUGACGAGUCUUUCGUAGCACAGUUCCUCGUCUAUGCGACUCGAGGCAAGUGUCUUCGUGACUGCAAGGCCCGGACACUCCCCGCCCACCUCCGAUACAUUGAGCCCUCUGUUGUGCAGCAGUUCAGACAAAGAAAACCGUUCUCUUACCUGCACUUUGCUUACUACCAGUUGAAAGAGUUUGAGGAGGCUGCUCGAUGUUGCUUCACCUUCUAUCAUUACAACCCCACCGAUGAGCGAACGUUGGGAAACUUGCCAUUCUACAGAGAGCAGCUGGGGCUGGAACAGGACCAGUUUGUCUCCAGGGAACCCAUUGUCUCUCCUAGUCAAACCAAAUUUGUAGCAGGCAAGAAAGCGUACAAUGAAGAGAAAUGGGCGGAGGCUGUGGAACAAUUUGAGAGCUCUCUGUUGCUCUAUCAGGAGGAGCUCUCCACUUGUCGGCUACUCUGCGAGGACGUGCUCUCCAUAAACCUCACUCAACCCGACAUGAACGAGCAGAAGAGGAAGUUGUUUGAAGAGCACUCCCUCGUACCUGACGCCAUGGAGUACUAUGACCUGCUGGCUCUCAUUGUACAAGAGGUAUUGAGCUGUCGUGUUGGAUGCAUGGAGCAGGUGGCAACUAAAGAGGGUGAGGUCAUCGAGGGAUACCUACCCGUGCACUUCAACUUCCUCCAAUACUCGUAUUACAAGUUGGAACAGCUCAACAAGGCAGUAGUGAACGCUGCCACUUUCAUUGCCCUAGAGCCUUCAGAUGUCACCAUGGCCGACAACAUUCGAUACUACAAGAGUGAACUUAAGAUAGACAAUGAGUUAUUCGUUCCCCGAGAUGAGUAUGUGGCAUUGCAAGAGAUGUGGGAGACUGAGAAGAGGUUGCUCCACUAUGCAGAGCACGGGGAGGAGGCUAAGAGGAGCGGUCAGAGAGGGGAGGCAUCUGUGCCAUCCAAACACGCAGAACUAUGAAUUAACUAGCUUAAUGACUGGAGAUUGUCGCCAUUAUCGCCAUUAGUGAUGUAUGUAUACCUUCACUAUAGUCUUCAGCAUUAUAUGUAAUUCUGAAUCAAGGUUUUUCAUUUGUCAAUCAGUCUUAACAAGACAUUUAGAUUUUUGUGCAAUUUUGUAUUCAAUGACAUACGCUUGAAUCGA